UCUUCUUUCCAACUUUUUUCCUAUAUAUUCAGACAACAAAAGUUACAUACCCCUCUGCGUUCUGCAAUAGAAUCAAACCGAAGUUUUCUUUCAAAAAAGUUAUUUCAUCAUUUUUGAAAGCGUUACAAAUCCGAAUUGAAGGCUCUUACCCUAAACGGAGAGGUAGCUGCUGCUCUUGCCACUGCUGCUGCCGCCACUCGAGUGAGACGGAGAGCUUCAAAGAAAGACAAAAUAGAUGCAAUAUUUGUAGAGUUUCAACUGACAAAAGUAGAAGAUGAAGAGUGUUGUCCACUUUCCCGAUCUUCCUUUCGAAUUCAUGAUGCCGGCUUCCUCUAACAACGCCAGAGACAUUGCGCUGAAAACCAUCCCUUCUGCUUCGAAAACAGAAAUCAAGAGGGUUCUGCAAACGGUUUACGGAUUUGAGGUUGAAAAGGUAAGGACACUAAACAUGCAGGGAAAGAAGAAAUAUAGAGGGAGAGUUUUGGUUGCUAAACCAAAUUACAAAAAGGCCUAUGUGACGUUGAAGGAGUCAUCAACCAUCUCUCCUACUCGUUUCUCUGUUAAUUCAAUGGGAGAUGAGAGUAAAAGCAUGAAGAAGCAGUGAAAGUCUAAUAUUUUUCAUCGGGUCGGCAGAAAGAGAGAUCCAGGAGUUGUGACAUAGAAGCAAUUUAGUUGACGAGGUGGCAGCGGCAUUUCGGCACGUAUACUUGCGUAGCAAAAAUCACACAACACAAUACAAUAUCAAGUUCUGUAAAUCUGGUUGAGGGGACUGGUAGUGUAAGUUUUGUAUUGCCAAAUAGAACAAAGUUUCCAUAAAUGAUUACGUUUUGGUUUUUGGUUUAGAUGGAAUGGGGAUAAUGUGUUGACAAUAUUUUUUUUA